AUGAAAACAUAUAAAAAGUGCGAUGAGAAUUCAAUCAGACUCGACGUUUCCAGCGUCACUGUUUGGCUUUUUUUCCCUGUUGUAUCUCUAACAUUCAUGCAAGGUAUUUUACUAGCCAAUGUUACCACAGGGUUAAGCCUUGCGGAACGAAUAGUGUCUGCCACCUUGACUACCUUCAUCUGCUUGAUUUUAUUAUUUCUCAAUGGGAUCAUGUUGUUCACUUUGAGGAACAAAUUUAUGUUUAGGGAGACAUCGCGCUACAUCCUGCUGUAUAACCUGCUGCUCGGAGACACGCUGCAACUGGUCGUCUCUCAGCUGAUGUAUUGUUUGACCUCCUUUCGCGUCACCCUCACGUAUCCUGCGUGCGGGGUACUGGUCCUUCUCACUAAUCUCUUCAGUAGGAUUUCUCCUUUGGUGCUCGUCGCUAUGUCACUGGAGAGAUAUGUGGCUGUGUGCCACCCUCUCAGACACGCCUCCAUCAUGACCAGAGGGAACACAGUGAGGGCCAUGCUUGGAAUGUGGAUCGUGUGUUUUAAAAUUGUUCUCAUUCAAAACCUAUUAAUUUUGAUGUUUCCUUUUGAACAGCUGGAGAGUCUGCAAAUGACACAGCCAUGCCGUUACAUCGCUCUGUUCCUCCUGCCCUUUUAUCAUCACAUUUAUUUGUCAUUAGUGUUCAUAGGCUGA